AGUUAUGCAUUUUUGUUAGCUUUUUUGCAAAAUGAACGAAAAGUAUAUAACCACACGCAACGUUAGCCUCUGGUUUAGUUGAAUCAUACAAUUCGCAAGAGAAGAAGUUAAGAAAAAGUAUUCAAAAAAUUAAAACUUAAAAUAAGCCAAAGUUAAAAUAAUUUGUUUGGGUGUUGGAGAACGAAAAAGUGAAUUUAAAAAAAAAAAAACUAAACUAAAACUACAAAAUGUUCUGGAAACUUCCUUCUAACUUUGUCUGCCUGGUUGCUGUUGUCUUAUUGGCCUUGCUGUGCCUACAAAUGACACCCUCUGCCUCAAAGCCUUGGGAUCUCUAUGAUGAUGUCUCCGAACUCUUUGAGGCCAUGUCUUUGGAUGAUGUCCCCGGUGCCCAGGAGACUGCUAAAAAUGAACCCAAAGAUUUUUGCCGCAUGCCUGCCCGCAAAGGUGUCUGCCGUGCCUUGAUACCCCGCUGGAGCUAUGAUGUCGAGAAAAAGGAUUGUGUGGAAUUCAAAUUUGGUGGCUGUGAUGGCAAUGACAAUAAUUUCUCAAGUUACAAAUCCUGCAUGAAUACCUGUCAAGGCAUGUAGAGAACCAGAUGUAGUGAAAGAAAGAAGACGCCUCAUUAAGAGUCAAGAGGCAGCCGCAUAAGGCUUUUUUUAAUUUUAAUAUUUAUUUUAUUUGUUUUAAGUUAACAGCAGUUCGCAUUCAAGUGUGAUAUAACGAAUUUGCGCCAUUUUUUAAGGCGCUAUCUUAUAGGUAAAAAAAAAAAACAAGAAUAACUUUAAGGUUAUAAUCCAUUGGCUUCAAAAAAAUUAUUACCCAUUAAAGGGAUAAGGGUUAAUUGUGGGGUGGUAGAAGUGAAGUGAAGAGUGCAUGUGAACCACCCUAAUAUCCUUAAAAUAUGUUAGUUUUAAUUUAAG